AUGUGUGAUAUGGUGGAAUUUAAUGAUACCCUGCCUUUGGGUCGUUGCUGUCCCCUAUUUGAGAAGCUUCGAGCUAACGUCUGCUUUACUGACGUUGAAAUCUAUCUGCGGGGUGGUGAGGUUAUCAAUGCACACAAAGUCAUCUUGGCCGGAAGGAUACCGAACUUCGGUGACAAGAGUCUGGGGCCCAUUCUGUGCAUGAACAAAGCCAACACCUCAGCCAGCGCUGUCAAGGCCAUUAUCGCGUACGCUUAUACGGGCAAAAUAGAGAUUCGGGAGGAGACGGUGCGGUCAAUUCUCAUUGUGGCCCGCCAGUUGGGACUAGAAGCACUACGUGCGGCCUGCUUCGAGAUGAUGAAGACGGCCUUCACGGAGUUUAUGCUCUCACCGUCCUUUCCAGCUCUGCCCUUUAAAGACCUUGUCAGCCUCAUCCAGAGUGACGAUCUCAGGGCAGUGGACGAGGAGCAGGUGGUGGAAGCCAUCUUGAAGUGGACUUCAACCGGUGGACAGGCUGCUGCUCGUCUGGAAAGUCUGCACACUCUGCUGGCCGAAGUCAGGUGGGGACAGACAGAGCGGGCGUUUCGUUCUCAGUUGGCAGAAAAAUCAAUCCUAAAUAGUCACAAGAGGUGUCGAACACUGCUGUCAAAGGUUGAAUUAUGGAUCUCCUGGCCCAGUUCCCGUCCGGGAGGUCGAGCUCCAUUCAAGGAACGACCACGACAGUAUGCUGAGGAGGAACUUCUGCUGUUUGGUCCUACCUACGGCCUCACAGAAGGCGAGUGGUCGGCCUGCAUUUAUAACCCCCGGGGAGAAGAAACGAUCCUCACAAAGUGCAUGAAGGCGCGACCUGAUUCGCUAAUAGUUUCAACAGAAAAUGGACUCGUCUAUAUGAUAGGCGGACGAGCAAACAAAAAAUGGACCAAUACCGUGCGAGAGUACAAUGUUCGAACUAGACGAUGCCGUCCAGUCGCUCCCAUGCUCGAGCACCGUCGUUGCGCUGGUGCCUGUGCCGUGGGCGGCGAAAUUGUUGCUUGCGGUGGCAAGAAUGCCACUCUUGACUUCCUCUCCUCCUGCGAGUUUUACGACCCCAAACGAAAUGUAUGGCAAUUCCUUCCGCAAAUGCUAAGGGCCCGCUAUCGACCUGCGGUCGCAGCUCUUCCCGACAGACGUCUCUUUGUGAUUGGUGGAUACAGCUCUUUCACGGGUCCGAUGACCUCCGUGGAAUUCUGCACAUUUCCCAGCAGCGAGGGACGCACCACUAAACUCUCACCGAAGAACAUGCCUGCUAGUAAAGAGUUCUGGCGAAACGCUGCACCAGUGAUUAAUUCCUACACUGGCCGUUCGGCCUGUGUCUUUAAUGGAAAAAUCAUUCUCGGCGGCGGUUACAACGGCCAGGACGGCUUCGUCGAUGAGGUGGAAAUCUUCCGACCACCAGACUCCAGUUGUCCAGAAGGUCAGUGGACACGACUUUCCAGCAUGCGUCACAAACGGUAUCUCUACCAUAUGAUUUCCUGUUCCAGAAGCAUUUUCGCUGUUGGUAAGUUGCGCGCAUUGUUUCAGAAAAUGUUUCAGAUGUUUUAUCUACUCCACAGCUCCUCCUGA